CUUGCAGUGCACGCAGUAGGCUAGACAGUACAGCGCCGUUGUUGUUGGAGGGAUAUAUCAAAAUGUAUGCAAGCUCGUGCUAGCAUUGAGCAUUUUGUUUACAAGAAUGCAUGCACAUUAAUGGAUGGAAGUGAAAUGCUAUUUAUCUUUGUUUUCUUGAGCAGGCUUUCACUACGGAGUGAGCGACCGCAACAUUGGAGGUCUCUCAUUAAAACUUACUGGAAGCCUACCCAAGCCUCUCUCAAAUAAUCUCACACUGUCCAAGAACACCUGCAGAGACACUUAAUACAGCUCCGAAGCAUUGACCAGACCCAUGACUGCUUGAGGGAAGGUGGACCCACCACAGCCCAUGCUGUUCUCCCUGCCCUCCCUCUUCCUCUAGCUGACACAGAACUGCAAACCAUCCAGGCACACCCUUCCCUCCUCCACGGCCACCCCAUACCAGGUGGCCUUCCAACAAUGGCCUCUGGUACCGAGACCGUACACUACAUCCAUCUUCACAACUCCAGCCAGUCUGUGCUGGAGGCUCUGCGUUCACAGCGGCGCGAGGGCCUCUUCUGCGAUGUGACCGUACGCAUCCACGAUGCGUCCCUUCGCGCCCACGCAUGCGUGCUGGCGGCUGGCAGUCCCUUCUUCCAGGACAAGCUUUUGUUGGGCCACUCUGAGAUCUCUGUUCCGCCACUGGUGCCUGCAGAGACAGUGAAGCAGCUUGUGGAUUUCAUGUACAGUGGCUCCCUGGUGGUGCUGCAGUCCCAGGCCCUGUGCAUCCUCACCGCAGCCAGCAUCCUGCAGAUCAAGACUGUCAUUGACGAGUGCACUCAGAUAAUCUCACAGAGGAAGGCAGCCGCCGGUGGAGGAGGAGUGAUGAUUGGAGGGGUGCUCCCUAAACAGGAAGAACGUGGAGGAGGUAAAGGAAGUAGUGGCGGCACCAGCGGAAGUUGUGUUGGGGGCGCUGGCAUUGGCGGGGUUUACCAGAGCUUCUCCAACUUUGCCAUGGGGGACUGCGUGGCCAGCAACAUGGGCACAGGACUGGGCAGUGCUAGCAUUAGUGAAAGUGGACCCGGCACAAUGGAGCAGGCCAACCCAGUAGGGCUGAUGGCCCUGGGGGACAUGGGGCCUGGCCCCAUAUGUGGGACAGAUGGGCUUGGCUCCACAGCCAGCGCUGCUCUCCUUAAACAGAACUCCAGCUGCACUCAGGAUGUGAGGUACAAGCUGAGAGACCUGCUGGCCCAGACAGCGAAUGCUGGUGCCACUGCCAGUAGCACAGGAAGCCUGUCUGCUGGCUGCAGUUCAGGGAUGGGCAGCGUGGACAGCAUCGGCAGAGACAGCAUCCGUGGCAGUACGGCAGACCUCUCGGAAGAUCUCGUAGGAAUAGACAGAUUCAGUGAGGAAGAAGAGAUUGAUGGAAGAGACAGAGGGCGAGAUGGAGAGAGGGAAAGAGGUGCGGGCCACAGCCGCAAGCAGAGGCAGCCACUCAGACUACAGGUUACCGGAGGAGACGGAGUGGUGGUAAAAGAUGAAGGUAUUCAGGAGGCAUCAGUUUUUUCCUUAGUGGGUGGAAGACAAGACGGAGAGCAGGACGCCUCACAGGAAUCUAUAACCAGCUUUGGCCAGGAGUUCUAUGAUGAGCCUGGGGUGUUUUCUGAGAGUUUUUGGCCACAGAGUGAACCUCAGACUAUGUCUUUCAACCAACGAGGAAGAGUUAACAAACCCCUGACCCCCCCUCCUUCCACACAAUCCAUUAACAACCAGUUACUUUUCCAGUACCCGGUUAGCCAGUCUCAGCAGUCAUCGUUUUUUGUGGGAGGACCCAUGGUGAUUGACAGCAUCGCAGGACCUGAUCCAACCCAGCAUGCUCCACCACCACAACAAAUGACGCCAGCCCCACCUCCAUCCACCACUUCCUGUUCGACAGGCCCCUCCCCUUCCUCCCAGGGCUCUGAGACGUCGUUCGACUGCACUCACUGUGGGAAAUCUCUGCGCUCCAGGAAGAACUACAGCAAGCAUAUGUUCAUACACUCUGGUCAAAAGCCUCACCAGUGCUCUAUCUGCUGGCGUUCCUUCUCUCUGCGGGACUACCUCCUUAAGCACAUGGUGGUGCACACAGGUGUGCGGGCCUUUCAGUGCUCCGUCUGUGGCAAGCGCUUCACCCAGAAGAGCUCACUGAACGUGCACAUGCGCACUCACCGAGCCGAGCGUACCUUCCAGUGCAAUGUGUGCCACCGGGCCUUCACCCACCGCACACUCCUGGAGCGCCACGCCCUGCAGCACGCCCACCACACGCCGCAGGGGCGCGGGCCUGGCAUCACCUCCCCCAUCAAACACAGCCCCCCAGCCCUGGUCGGGCCCUCAGGUAUGGGUGGCCCUAGUGGGAUGAUCAGCGGGAUGGCCAACAUGGCCAGCCAUGGGUCAUCAUCCUCCUAAAAGAGCAGAGCAGCAGUUCCAAACCAGUCCUCCUUCAUAAUGAACCCCCAACCGAAAGAGCAUCAUCUAGCUCAUUUUAGAGAGGUGGAUUGGUGUUUAGUUCAUUUGUUGGGGACUAGGUAAAAGCAAAGGAGUUGCUCAUUGUGUUGCUCACAACUUUAAGAUGUGCAAAAAAGAGACAUCCAGGUAUAAGCAAUGACAGAUUAAUUGGGUUAGGGUGAACAUAUACUGUAAGUAGAGUCAGGGAGAUAGUGAUAUAGGGCCUGAUUUUGCUGGACAGAAUGGCAAAGAUAAAGGCAAAGUCUACAUUAAAGGGACAGUUCACCCCAAAAUCCAAACUAAAAAAUAUCAACCACAAAGAUGUCUGCCGUUUCAAGUAAAAUAUAAUAAGAUUGGGUAAGUUUUAGUUUUGUGUUGAAUGUUAGAAAAUGUUGAAUUCCACUUAAUGCUUGAAAUAACCGAGCAAUUAGUUUGACCUCCUAAAAACAAUCAGUUUAUAUACGUGAACAUUUUGCAUUAGUUUACAUUUACAUUUCAGUCAUUUAGCAGACGCUCUUAUCCAGAGUGACUUACAGUAAGUACAGGGACAUUCUCCCCGAGGCAAGUAGGGUGAAGUGCCUUGCCCAAGGACACAACGUCAUUUUGCACGCCGAACCAACAACUCUCUGAUUAAUAGCCCGACUUCCUAACCACUCAGCCAUCUGACCCCCCUUAGUCAGGCUGUUCUGUUUAUCCUCCCCCUUCCUCAAGUGGCCUUCCCGUCAAUUCUAGGAAUUGUUAGUCCUGGAGUUUUCUCAUUGCUCUGCACCAGCAAAUAGGGCCCUAAAAGAGGAUUAUUUGAAAGAAGGAGGAUUGUUGAAAAGGUCAUCAAGGAGGGAGGUAGACGAUAGAAGGAGAAGAAUUAUACAUGUUUAGAUUAAAGUAAAUGCUGGAAGGAUACGGAGUGACUUCCAGUUGCCAUCACACAUGAGCUUAGACUCCGCACCCACAAGUUUGAGGGAAAACAUUGGGGUCUGUUCAUUGACUGUAAUACCUCUUUUUGCCUCUUUUUUGGGGUCUUCCUACAGUUGCUGUGAUUCAUGUUGUUGUACUUUGAUACUUCUGAUAAAUGUGUUUUUGUAAUUGAUUGCAUAUUUUGAUCUCAUUGUUAUGAAACAUCUGCAUGAGUAUUUUAAGACUUGUCCUGGACCACUGCACGCCAGCAAGGAGAAACAGCCAGCUAGCAGCACAAUUUUGCAGGAUAGUGCUUAUGGUCAUGAUUCUCCAUAUCAUGAACAGAAGUUUUGUUAUUUAUAAAAACAAUUUAAUAAGAUAAAAACUAUCACAGCAGAUGUUGAAAGAAACCAAAAGAUAACUUUGCAUUUAAGUGUAUGGGGAGACCCCAAUGUUUCCCCAAAGGGAAAACGAUACAUCUGCCACUGGACGGCCCAGGAUCAUAUACCUCGAAACAGGAAGGCAGAAAAGAAAAGUGUACUAUGUUUUAUUUUGAAAUGUUUUCUGAACAUUUCAGCAUGUUUUACACCUACAAUUACCUCAGUGGUCCAAAGACGGGCAUUAUGGUCCACAUAUCUAAGCUUCAUAAAAUACAGAAACAGUUGAAACAUAAGUUUAGAAACAUAUUUUUACUUUGUAAACCUACUAAAGAACCUACUGUAGUGUGCAUUUGUCUGUAAGUCUUUAAAGAAAAAAAGAUCUGGCAGGAAAUUCAAAAGAAUUGGAGUCUACAUGAGCCACCAAGUAAAAAUUGGUUGUCUAUUAAUCAUUUUAUUAGGCUUAACGUGUAUUUGUUGCUAUGUUAUGCAUCAGAGCUGUUGCCAUUAGAUGGGAAUGGUUGAAAAGAUUUUAACCUUUUCUCCAACAUACCAAUAUAUAUAUAUAUAUAUAUAUAUAAUAUUUUUGUAUUAAUCAUGCAACUAUCCCUUAGUAGAUAUUGACUAGAAGUCAUCAGUGUGGUGAUAUGAAUUACUACAUAAUUUAUUACAAUUUGAAAUGUAUCCUAUGCACAGUCAGUUUUGCACAAUGUGUAAUUUUAUUUAAUACUAGUCGUUGAACCCCAGAUAUUUGUGAGACAAAUCUCCCAUCUCUAGCUUAUGUUAUUGCAGAGAUUUAAAACGUUUUCUUACCUUAAAGGUAAUUUGUUACAUAAACCUAAUAUCUACAGUCAGUGAUUGACUCUUGUUUAACUAAUGUUAUGGUCACCUUAGACUAAAUCUCACUUAAAGCUUUGACAUAGAAUGUCCCACUUUAAGAUAAUUGUUUUUUGAUUACAGGAAUAUAUCAAAGCUAGCGCUUGGUAUAUUGGUGAAGCUAUUUCCUUUUCAACUUGUUUAUGAAAAUUUCAUGAAAACUGAGAUGAUCUUGUAUUUCUUACACAGUAUGAGAUGGCCCCAAAAACUUUUAAAGAGCUCAGAUCUUUUUAAAGUUCCAGCACCUAGGUCAGUUAUUAUUAGCCUGUUUGGAGAUUUUAAUGUAUCCUCGGCAACUCCUAAUGGUUAGUACAUUUUGUCUGAGGUGGACCCAUGUACAGUGCUGUCUUGUGUGCUUCAAAGCCAUGUUAAAAUGUGUCCCAUAAUUAUCAUGUAUGGUUUUUGCCUUUUUAUUUGCUUUUAUGAACAAAAGGUGAUGUUAACUGUUUUUAUUACAUUAAUGUACAUUUAACAGAAGUAAAAAUGUCAUAAGAAAAUUCAUUUUAUAAAUCCCAUGGUAUAUCACCUUUUUUAUGUAUUGAAGGACUAAAGGCAUGAUUUAACUUUUCUUGAAAAAUUACAUGUUAUUCUACUUCAAUAAUUAUUGAACUUUAAAACUUGUGAUUUUAGACAUUUCAAAGAAAUAUUUGUCCAAAUAAAGUCUUAA